AUGGCCAAAAAGGUCAACUUUGUGAUUGAGAACCCGAGCUCCACAUUGCUUUGGCGAUAUGUGACUUUGGUUGGAAACUGGAAAGGUCUUCGACAGCUUAAGAGGGUCCUCCACAAAGAGCGCAGGUGCCAGCUUCGACGAGUUCGAAGCUUUCUGAAAAUCGAGACUCAUGUCCGAUGGAAGAAUGACCAGGGAGAGUCCAAGGUUGGCGGUGGUCGAGAUCUCGAAGCUUCAAAAGCCUAUCCUGCUGGCUUUGGCUUCGAGGCAGGCAGGCUAAUGCUGACCUCCGGCUUCAAGUUGGAUGGAGCACACACAUUGCAAAGGCUGACACGCACCAUCGAUCCCGUGGUGUCCACUGCCAGGUUUGGAAGCGUGCCUUUUGGGAAUUUGCCUCUCGAGCCCAAGUUUUCCGACCAGGGCUGGCUUUUUGGAGCCAUGGCGCCCAAACGUGGGCCGGCUGAGGGUGCAGCUGGCACUGGCAAGGGUGCUAAGAAGCCUCGCACCAGCACCGACAGCAGUAAAGGAUCCGGCAAAGGCGAGCUGAAGGGAUCCACCAAGGGUGCAGGAGCAGAGCAGCACCCCACCAAGGGAUCCGGUAAGCAAAGCAAAGGCGGGCUGAAGGGAUCCGUUGCUGCAGCAGAGGAGCACCCCAUACCAAAGGGAGCCGGUAAGCAAAGCAAAGGCGAGCAGAAGGGAUCAGGUGCUGCAGCAGAGGAGCACCCCACCCCCAAGGGAUCCGGCAAGCAAAGCAAAGGCGAGCUGAAGGGAUCCAGCGUGGCAGCAGAGGAGCACCCCAAGGGAUCCGGCAAGCAAAGCAAAGGGAAAGGCAACGAGCACCCCACUGCAAAGGGAUCCGACAAAGGCGAGCCGAAGGGAUCCGGCAAGAGCAACGAGCACCCACAAGCGAGCCCCGUCGAGAAGACUGAGCUGCGCAACCUCAACCCCGAGUCGAUGAGGAGGUUCUUCGACUGCGAGACGUACGCGAAGGGAUCCACCAAGAGCGCAGGACCUGCAGAGCACCCCAUCCUCAAGGGAUCCGGUAAGCAAAGCAAAGGCAAAGGCGAGCAGAAGGGAUCCACCAAGAGUGCUGCACCAGAGGAGCACCCCACCACCAAGGGAUCCAGUAAGGGCAAAGGCGAGCUGAAGGGAUCCGGCAAGAGCGCUGCAGCAGAGGAGCACCCCACCAAGGGAUCCGGUAAGCAAAGCACAAGCAAAGGCGAGCCGAAGGGAUCCGGCAAGAGUGCUGCAACAGAGGAGCACCCCACCCUGAAGGGAUCCGGUAAGCAAAGCAAAGGCGAGCAGAAGGGAUCCGGUGCUGCAGCAGAGGAGCACCCCACCCCCAAGGGAUCCGGCAAGCAAAGCAAAGGCGAGCUGAAGGGAUCCAGUGUGGCAGCAGAGGAGCACCCCAGCCCCAAGGGAUCCGGUAAGCAAAGCCAUGGCGAGCCGAAGGGGUCCACCAAGAGCGCAGGACCAGCAGACCCAAAAGGAUCCGGUAAGCAAAGCAAGGGCAAAGGCACAGCGAAGGGAUCCAAGCAUGGAUCUGGUGAUUGGGGCGGGAAUAAGGGUGUCACAAAAGCCUUGUUGAAGGCCGUCCACGAGGAAGCCGCGGAGCUUUGCAACACGCAGCAUGAGCAUGACGAGCAGCAGCACUGGCAGUACAGCAUCCACGACAUGACAAUGAGGGGAGAGAUCCACGACUCAGACUUUACGAACCCCUUGGUGAUCUUGCCUACUUGUGUGCUCGGUGAGUUGGCCAACAUGCAAGCAAAACAGCCACGGCUAUGUCAGCAGCGCCUAAGAAGCAUCACCGAGCACGAGCACAUGUUCAGGAUGUUCAAGAACUGGCAGGCCCAGCAGUACCCGAACCACAAAACGGUCUGGGGGCAAGCACCAGCAGCGCAGAUCAUGCAGCACAACAAGUUUCUCGUGGAUGUUGUCCAAGGCGCCAAUGUGUCCAAGGUGGGCACAAAGAUCAAAGCCAGGAAGCAGGUCGGCAAAGCCGACGAAGCCACUCGGAAGAAGCUCGGGGAGGUCAUCACCUCCCAAGCUGCCGACUUUGUGAAGGGUACCGAAGACAAGAAAAAGCUGCCCACCAAGGAACCCAAGGACAGCACUGCAACAGAUCACUUGACUGACCACAUGAAUUCUGUUCUGACGGAGGAAGAAAUCAAGAAGAAAGACUUCGACAAGACGAUGGCACA